AUGUCUGACAGCGACGACACGGACUGGUCGAGCGAGGAGCGGCAGAAGCGCUGGGCAAUGUACGUUUAUGACGAGAAUCACGACCACAGCGUGGUGUUGCAGAGCCAGCACGAUGGGAAGGAGGAGAACAACGGCGGGGAGUGGAAUGACGGUGGGGAGGGGAAUGACGGCGGGGAGGGGAAUGACGGCGGGGAGGAGGAGGAAUACUACGAGGCCAACGAAUGCCCGGAGGAGAGUGAAGACGAGACGGAGAACGAAGGCCACGGGGAGGAUGAGGGGAAAGAGGAUGACGAUAAGGGCAAAGCUGAGGGCGAGGCGCAUAGCGAGGACGGUGGCGACGAGAGCGACUGGGACCACGUCAAGCGCCAGGAUGAAAAGCCCGCCGCCUCGCUCCCGCUGGUACCGAGUCUAGUCGCCACCCUCCCAAACUUGCUCUUCACUUACCCCUUGGACAGUUUUCCCACUGCUACUCCCCUUCUGACUUCCUCCAGCACCUCCUCGACAAUCGAAGAUGGAAACAAAAAGGCGGCUCUGGCAUUCAAGAUCAUUGCCCCCGUUGCCGGCAUUGUCUUCCUCCUCGUAUUCUGUUAUCUCUGGGGUCCGCGCGGUAAGGAAUGGGGCGCCCGUAAAGAGCACAUCCGCCUCAUUGCAGAACAACAACAACGCAUCCUCGACGCGCGAGCCGCUUCGCACGCCUCCACCUUCCCUCGCACUGCCAGAGAGAUGGACCGGGACGCAUCGCCCGUCAUACGCCAACAGUCAUCCACGAGUCUGCCGGCAUACGAGCGCGAGGCAGCCCAGGGCGAAGUCGUACUCGGUAUCGGUGGGGAUGUGCGUGACGUACAGGAGGGCGACCUCCACCGCCGCACGGACUCGGCGGCAGUCACACCUACCCCUGUGCCGGAAUAUGUCUCGAUCCCCCCAGCCGCACAGGGUUCGUCGCCCACUGGUACCGCCACGACGACACCCUCAAACGCCACGACUACGAUCAUCCCAUCCGCCACUGAUAAUGCUUCGCCAACACCCAGCCCCCCACCGAUUCCAACAGCGCCGCCCGCGUACUGCCACACAUCGUCGUCCACAUCCCUCCCGCGCCCACUCUCCGCUGCCUCCUUGACCCGCGUGAGGAGAGGUGCCAAUAACCCCGGAACACCUCCCGUGUCGCCCUCAACCCCAACCCCAACCCGAGCAAGAAGUGUUUCUCCAACGCCCGCGUAUGCUAUAAACCUCGCCUCGGUGCCUCAAGCCACGGCCGCCUUCGACCCUGGGUCCGUUGUUGUCCUCUCCGCUGCCCCGAUGCCUCCACGCCGAGCUCGCCUCUCGCCUCUCGCCCCGAGUCCCUCAGGUGCUUUCAGCCUGCUAUAG